AUGAAAGGCACUCCACCGCCACGACGCGUCGCUGAGAUCCUCCUAGAGCCCCUCGGCCUGCGAAUCGUAUCGUGCACCGAGCUCCAGACACUGUGGGCCGGUUACGGACACAUAUGCGCGGUCACAGCAAGCGAUAAGAAUGGCGUGCCGCAGCACCUCGUCCUCAAGCUCAUAUCUCCUCCGCCAGUCACCAGGCGGCAGAAACAGGACGAAGGCCACCUCCGCAAAAUGAUCAGCUAUGAGGUCGAGCAGUACUUCUACCAAAACAUCGCUCCCCGUCUGCCAAAAGAUGUCGCCGUCGCGCGCUGUCUUGCCUCGACCAGUGCUCUGCCAGAUGGCACACCAACAACAGCCACCAUCUUGACCGACUUGCGACCCCAGUUUCCCGUUGCAGGUGAGAAGCGCGCCGUGCUCUCCGACACCCAAGUCCUCUCUGCGCUUGACUGGCUCGCCCGCUUCCACGCCGCGUCCUGGAGCUGGCUCCCUGAUCGCAACCUCGAUGCCUACGCCCUCCCACCGCUCGACGAAGCCGAGGUAGAACGGGACCAGACACGCAAGCUGUGGCUCAAUGGCGGGUACACCUACCUCGCUACGCGCAAGAGUGAGCUCGCGUCUUUGGCACGAAGCAGGCAGUCCGAGUGGAAGGCUGCCCUCUGCGAACCUCAACCCGCCACCGGCUCCAGCAUUGCCGAGAUGGUCGCAACCUACCUCACACCAUCGAGCCGCCCCUUCGAGACAUGUAUCCACGGCGACGUCAAGUCGGAAAACCUCUUCACUACGCAGUCUGGCGACGCGGUCGCAUUCUACGACUUUCAAUAUGUCGGCCUCGGCCUCGGCGCGUGCGACCUGGCAAAACUCUCCACUUGUUCCAUUCCAAUCCACAUGUUGACCGAGCACGACGAGUACGAUAUCCCAGAUCGGCUUAAGAUGGACGACGGUGAGAAGCGGAUCUUGGAGCGGUACCUCUCAGUCCUGCUUGCCCGCCGUCCAAAGGGCCGCGGACCCAAGACUUACGACUGGGACACAUUUGUGCGCCAUUGGGAGACUGCUCUUGUCGAUUGGUGCCGCUUCCAGGCCAGUUGGGGGUUCUGGGGUAACACCGAGUGGCUUGAGGCGAGGGCGCGGUCUAUCCUGGCUGAUGAAGAGUGGAGGAGGUGGCUGGAGAAGGAGGUGACUGCCAUCGCCGCAAAACCAGCCUAG